ACAACAUUUGCCCCUCAUCCCAUCUUUUUUUUUUUUCUUUUUUUUUUUCACUCACUUCCCCAAACCAAACUUUCAGUUUUUCUUCACCAACAGCACACAUCCCUUACAUUGUCAACAACACGAACUCAAGGGAGGACGUGGCAUCACCAACCAACCGAAAACCAAAAGAACCAACAUAACAAGCCUUCAACCAACAACCCGUCCAAACCAACAAACAACCGAACCUCCCACCAAAAAAAUGGCCUCCCAAGAGCAAGCCCCCCGACAAGCCCCCCCAACAGUCGAAACCUCCGACCUCACCUACACCUUCCCCGACCGCUCCAACGGCGUCUCCAACAUCACCUUGUCCCUCCCGCCUCGCUCGCGCACUUUGCUCAUCGGCGCCAACGGCGCCGGCAAGACCACGCUUCUCCGCCUGCUAGCCGGCAAGCGUCUCGCGCCCGCCAACACCAUCAGAGUGUCCGGCGUGGACCCGUUCAAGGACGGGCUCGAGGGCGUCACCUACUUGGGACUGGAAUGGGUUCUGAACCAGAUUGUCAGGACCGACAUUGGCGUGGUUGAGUUGUUGCGGUCCGUGGGCGGGGACCAUUACCCUGAACGCAGAGAUGAAUUGGUGUCGGUGCUGGAUAUCGACACCAACUGGCGGAUGCAUGCCGUCAGCGACGGGGAGAGGAGGAGGGUGCAGCUGGCGAUGGGACUGAUCCGUCCCUGGACGGUUCUUCUGCUGGACGAAAUCACGGUGGACUUGGACGUCUGGUCGCGGGCGCAGUUCCUGGGUUGGUUGAGGCGGGAGACGGAGACGAGGGAGUGCACGGUUGUGUACGCGACGCAUAUUCUGGAUAAUUUGGCUAGUUGGCCGACGCACCUUGUGCAUAUGCACUUGGGGACUGUGAAGGGGUGGGGGAAGGCGGAGGAGAUGUUGAAGGAGGUCGAGGAUGGGAAGAAUGUCGUCGAGGGGGUGACGGGGAAUAGCAGGCUCGGUGAACUGGUGUUGAGGUGGUUGAGGGAUGACUUGGGGGCGAGAGGACCGAGAAGUCAGCAUCGACGCGGGCCGGAGGGGUUGAGUUAUAAUAGCCCGGGAUUGGGGGGGUAUGGGUUGGAGGCGAAGACGAAUAAGGAGGCUACGGAUGGGCCUGGCUGCAACUGAGAUGGGGGCAGUGAUAGAGAGGGGGAAGAAAGAGAAGAAAGGGUUUCAACAUGGCUGAAGGGGAGGAAAUUUUUUUGUUUAGUUUUUUCCAGUUUUCUUGUAUGCAUGACAAAAAGGGGGCUUUAACAUGAUACCCAGGCGGCAUUUAACAUGGCGUUUUCAACACAACAUAGCAUAGACAGGUAUAGAUAUAGGUAGUUUUG